AUGUUGUUUUCUACCAACAAAGAUUCAGAGUUUACAUAUUUAGAACACAUUCAACAAUACCUUCUUCAUGAUGAUUCCAACAUCCUCACAUCAGGUCAAAAUAUCCAAAGCCCAAACGAUAUUUCAAACACAACUGCAUCUCCACGUGAAGUCCACGCGCCUCCUGCAUGGAAGCGCUACCGGGCACUACAAAAAAUUGGGGGCGUGAGGCGUAGGCUGUGGGGAAAGUUUGCGGCCGAGAUCAGAGAUCCGAAGAAGAAUGGUGCUAGGGUUUGGCUUGGAACUUAUUUGACUGAAGAGGAAGCAGGUAUGGCUUAUGAUAAAGCUGCUUUUAAGAUGCGUGGCCGAAAGGCCAAGCUCAAUUUUCCUCAUCUUAUUGGCUCUGAUGUGUACUUUGACGUGUACACGUCAAAGCCAAAAAGAGAGAGGACUUUGAAGCGUGAGUUGCUCGAAGUUUCUUUUUCAUCUGAUGAUUGCUAUGAGUCAUUGUCACAAGGUUCAAAGAGGAAGAGGAGCAUGGCUAUUCUACUUAACAAAUUAGCCAAGAAUAGAAGCCAAGCUAUGGUGGUUGAAAGUGAAAUGGCUUCACAAGAAAAUGCUGUUGAGCAAUGGUUGAAUGAGUUGAAUGAUUGCUCUCUAAUGUGGUGCUCUUAG